AUGGGUGCGGAAGACAAGGUGCGGAACAUGGGUCAGAACAUGGGUGCGGAAGACAAGGGUGCAGAAAAUGGGUGCGGAACAUGGGUGCGGAAGACAAGAACAUGGGUGCGGAAGGACAAGGGUGCAGAAAUGGGUGCGGAAGACAAGGGUGCAGAACAUGGGUGCGGAAGAAGAGUGCAGAACAGGGUGCAGAACAUGGACAAGGGUGCAGAACAUGGUGCGAACAUGUGCGGAAGGCAAGGUGCAGAACAUGGGUGCGGAACAAGUGCAGACAUGGGUGGGAAGGCAAGGGUGCGAACAUGGGUGCGGAAGGGUGCAGAACAUGGGUGCGGAAACAAGAGUGCAGAACAGGGUGCAGAACAUGGUGCGGAAGACAAGGGGUGCAGAACAUGGGUGCGGAACAAGGGUGCGGAAGCACAUGGGUGCGGAAGCAAGGGUGCAGAACAUGGGUGCGGAAAGACAAGGGUGCGGAACAUGGAACAUGGGUGCGGAAGACAGGGUGCGGAAACAUGGGUGCGGAAGACAAGAGUGCAGAACAUGGUGCGGAAGGCAGGGUGCGGAAACAUGGGUGCAGAACAUGGAACAUGGGUGCGGAAGCAAGGGUGCGGAACAUGGUGCGGAAACAAGGGUGCAGCAUGGGUGCGGAAGACAAGGGUGCAGAACAUGGGUGCGGAAGGCAGGGUGCAGAACAUGUGCGGAAGACAAGUGCAGAACAUGGGUGCGGAAGACAAAGGGUGCAAACAUGGGUGCGGAAACAGGGUGCGGAACAUGGUGCGGAAGGACAAGGGUGCAGAACAGGUGCGGCAAGGGUGCACAGGGUGCGGAACAAGGGUGCAGAAAAUGGGUGCGGAAGACAAGGGUGCAGAACAUGGGUGCGGACAAGGGUGCAAGAACAUGGAACAUGGGUGCGGAAGGCAAGGGUGCGGAACAUGA